CCGGGCCUGGGAAGCCGGGGCCUGUGGGACCUCGCGCGGCGUUCGCGGGCUCCGGGGCGGGGGCUGCGGCGACGAAGCCCCCUCCCCGGGGAGGCGGCGCCUGGGGGAGCUUCCCAGCGGGGGAGCGGCGGCGGCGGGGAAGGAUGCAUCAGAAGCUACUGAAGAGCGCGCAUUACAUCGAGCUGGGCAGCUACCAGUACUGGCCAGUCCUGGUGCCCCGCGGCAUCCGCCUCUAUACCUACGAGCAGAUCCCCGUGUCCCUGAAGGACAACCCGUACAUCACCGACGGCUACCGGGCCUACCUGCCCUCCAGGCUGUGUAUCAAAAGCGUAGCCUUUCCCCUGUUCCUUUUGCCCUACCUUGAAAGUGUUUCUGUGACUCACAGUCAGAAGGUGACAUCACUGCCCAUCCCUACUUGGCUUCAAUGGAUGGCCCACAGGACUUCACAAUUUGAAUCCUAAGUACUGUUUUCCUCCCCAUUGCCUCUUAUGCACAAGUUAUUACACAAGAAAUCAGACCUGGACCCUGCUGUGGAUGUGGAGUUCCACAAGGAUAGAGCAGUUUGUUUAUUUUAUCUAAUGAGACGGUAAACAUCUGGAGUCAUUUGCUGGGUUUCUUUCUCUUCUUCACGCUGGGAAUAUAUGACAUGACAUCUGUGUUACCUUCGGCAAGUGCAUCCAGAGAAGAUUUUGUAAUUUGUUCUAUUUGUCUUUUCUGCUUCCAGGUCUGUAUGCUUUGCUCUGUGGGUUAUCAUCUUUUCUCCUGCCAUCGAUCAGAAAAAACUUGUCGAAGAUGGAUGGCAUUAGAUUAUGCAGGAAUUUCUAUUGGAAUACUGGGCUGCUAUGUCUCCGGAGUAUUUUAUGCAUUUUAUUGUAAUAAUUAUUGGCGCCAAGUGUACCUGAUCACAGUGCUUGCUAUGAUCCUGGCAGUGUUCUUUGCGCAGAUUCAUCCCAAUUACCUCACACAGCAGUGGCAGAGGCUCCGUUCCGUCAUCUUCUGUUCUGUUUCGGGCUAUGGAGUGAUCCCUACUCUUCACUGGGUUUGGCUCAAUGGAGGGAUCGGGGCUCCUAUUGUGCAGGACUUUGCACCCCGUGUAAUUGUGAUGUAUGUGAUUGCUCUUCUUGCUUUCCUAUUCUACAUUUCCAAAGUUCCAGAACGGUACUUUCCAGGACAACUAAACUACCUCGGAUCAAGCCACCAAAUAUGGCAUAUCCUUGCAGUAGUAAUGUUAUACUGGUGGCAUCAGUCAACAGUAUAUGUCAUGCAGUACAGACAUAGCAAGCCUUGUCCUGACUAUGUUUCACAUUUGUGAAUUCAGGUAUGGCCACCUGGUGUAUUCAGUUGUUAAGCAAUAUAUAAUGGGGAGUUGUAUACCCCACUAUUUCUAAGAUUCCCAUUCGUUUUUUCCUUUUUCCUUUUGUUUAAUAUAUCAUGAGUAAUACUUUAUAAAAAUGGAAAAAUAUACUUGGGGAUCUGUAAUAGUAACUGCUUUACUGGCCCUUAAAACUACUAAUUUGCUGCUUGUACAGAGAGUGAAAAUUAGUUGGCAUUCGUAAGAAACAUCUGAAUAACAAUGAAUGUGAAACCAGUGUAGAAGUAGUAUUCGUUUUACUUAACACCAGCUUAAUUUCCUUAGGAAGGGCUCAGCUCCGUUACAAAAUGGAGUCAUCUUGUGAUUACUCUAAUAGAAGAUAUUUACAUUAGAUGAUCAAGUUUAAGUGCCUGAUAAAGGCAAGGGUUGUGAUAGCCUAUGCUUAACACAAGCCCAGAUAGUGAUUUGAAUAAUCACUAGCCUUUGAAUACUUGUUUUUUGAGAAACUGGCACUUAAGAUAUUAUUUCCUUUAGCUGUAGGUUCUCUUGUCCCUAGGAACAUUGGAUUUUUUAGUUUGCUAGAACAAAAACUUUAAGCCGUUUCUCCUUUAAGUUGAGAGAGGCAUCGAGAAGAAGAAAAGAACUUGUGUUGUCAUUUCCCAUCAGAUAAGAAUCACUUUAAAACUGAUUACAUGAUCAGGUGACAAAUUCUGUGGUCUAAUAACCAAGUUAUUAGCCAUUUAAGCUUUUUAAUUUCAAAUAAUGUUAUUUAAUUCCAUAUAAUAAUUGAACUCUUGCCAGUGGAUUGCAGGUUUUUGGUUCCAAAAUUCCUGUAGCAGAAGAGCUUUUGCCUCUCUGAAUUUGCAGUCCUAAAUUUCCUGAUGAUAGGAGUUCCCAGCUAUAUGGGUGCUACUUUCAAGGCCGUAGAAUCAGGAUGGCCCAGUCUUGACCCUGGAAUGAGCCUUAAGCCUUAGAACGAAGUCACGCAGAUGCCCCAUUUGAUGAUGUACCUGUGCUGGAGUCUCUGUUUAUGCACAUGUUAGCGUUGUAUUGAUAACCCAAAGUAUUGAUAUACACUCUCUGAUAUUAGGGCCUGAAACAUUAUAUUUGCUCUUUAUUGUAUAUACUUAAAAAAUAGAUCUCACUGCCCUAUCAUACAACAUAAACACUCUUGUUCUUUGGUCUUUUGCAUAAAUUAAAUCCCUUAAAGCAAUCAUUCAUAAAAACAUAUGUUGUUUAUUGGAAUAUAAAAUAGUAUCCAAAUUUCUUAACGGGUUGAUAUGAGCUGCUUUAAAUACUGGUAUAUCUUCAGAUCAUUGGAAUUAAUAAAUAUCAGAAGUGUUGAUUGAUGGUGAAGCUUAUUCCCAAAAUGCCAUUUGUACAUCUGGUAUUAGAAAUAUUACUUUAAUGUGCCUCAGUUUAUGCAUCUGCAAAAUUUUUAUUUCUUUUCAGUGUAGUGUUUUUGGAAUAUAAAUUUCCCAUGCUAGUAUCUCAGUAAGGAGGAUUUUCCCCAGUAGGUUAAGGGCACACUGAAUUGUACCCAUUAUCAUGAUGGAAUACUACUUUGAAAAUGGUUAUUUUACCUCAUAAGACCACAAAUUUGAUCCAUAUGCUUAGUGUGGUGUAAUGAUAAUAGGAUAUUUUUCUUUAAAAUAUUGCUUAUUGACUUACAUGAUGAUAUUGCUUUUAAAUAGACGUUUUGUCAUUUUGGCCAAACAGAAUACACCUAAUAGUUAUAAUUAAUUUAAAAGUGAAGAAGUCUUAGUUAUUUUAGGUCUGGCACCAUUUUUAUUAUGAAAUCUUCUCAAAAUAAACACAUAAUGAACCUUAAGUUUCAUUUCUAAUUUUUAAAAAUAUUCCUGGUUUUUGUUACAGUGUAUGAUUUAAUACUUGCCAUCUGAAUUAAUAGAUAAAAAGAGCAUACUGUGUUUAAUAUUUUUUUUAAUUUAAAAGGCAUACAGGUCUGACUGUAGGGAGAAUUAAACCAUGUAAACAUCUCAUCUUUUUAUGAAAAUGUUAAGUAUUUUAAGAAAGCUGUCCUCUCAUUUUUUUCUUUACUAUGAUGUAUUUAUUAUAAAGUAGAGGAUGAAUGAAUGUGGAUUGCUGUCAACUAUAAAUACUUCUGUAUAUCAGCAUUUAUUGACCACCUACUGUGUGCACAUCACUACUGGCAAAAUUUUUAAGACAUUGUUAACAUUAAAGAAUAACUAUUUAAAAAUUGCCUACAAAUCUGAGCCUUGUAAUAAUGUAUACUUGUUAUUUUUGUUUUAUAGGUUUAUUAAAAUAAGAUUAAAAGUACACUAUUCAGCUACAGUACUAACAAGACUGGUUUUAAUUUUACCAAUGUGUAAACUAUAAAAGCUCUUUACCUACAGACUUUACAAGUGCAUUUUAAAAUUAUCCAUGGCUGUUUUAAAUUGUUUAUAGUGACUUAUAAGGUUGUAGUUAACUCAUUGAAGAGACAGUGAUCUUUCUAUUUAAAGCCAUUUUCAGAUAGCAAGAUAGUGCUUGUCUUUUUUGUUAUUACAGGGAGUGCAAUUCAGUAAGCUGCAUGGCAGAAUAUGUAUUCUGUAAAUAAACUGGGUUUACUACAUCA